UCUUGUUCCAAUGGAUUUCCUCUCUCUCACCACAAAAAUCAUUUUAUCAUUUCUACUAUUACUAUUCCCUUUAAUAAUAAAAACAAUUUUAUCUCACUUCAAAUCUACUAAUAAUAGCAAAUUAGUAGCAACUCCGCCGCAGCCGCCGGGCGCGUGGCCGUUGAUAGGGCACCUCCACCUCCUCGACGGCCCGCGCCCGGUGGCGCGGGUGCUCGGGGCCAUGGCGGACAGCCACGGCCCCGUGUUCUCCCUCCGCCUCGGCAGCCACCGCGGCGUGGUGGUGAGCAGCUGGGAGGCGAUGAGGGAGUGCUUCACCACGAACGACCGCGUCUUCGCGACGCGGCCGAGCAUCGCCGUGGGGAAGUACUUCUACGACGGGGCCAGCUUCGGGAUGUCGCAGUACGGGCCCUACUGGCGCGACGUCCGGAAGAUGGUCACCGUUGACCUCCUCACCGCACGCCGCCUCGACGACUUUGGCCACGUGCGGGUGGAGGAGGUCGACCGCUUCGCCGAGGAUCUGUACUCGAUGAGGCGGCCGGAGGAGGCGGUGGCGUUGAGUGAGCGGAUUGAGCUCUUGACGUUCAAUAUCAUCCUGAGAAUGCUAGUUGGGAAAAGGUUCUCGUUUACAAAAGAAUCUCAUCACAAAAAUGGAGAAUUUCAAGAAGCCAUAAAGAAAGCAUUGUACCUCGGUGGAGUGUUCGUUUUUUCUGAUGCAAUCCCAUCCCUUGAAUGGUUGGAUAUUGGAGGAUACAUCAAAAGCAUGAAACAAACAUACAAGGAAAUAGACCAUGUUCUUGAGGGUUGGGUUCAAGAAAGAAUUCACACAAGAAAGCAAAAUAAUGAUCAAAGUGUCUCAGAUUUCAUGGAAGUGAUGUUGAAUAGUAUGGAGGAGAAUGAGAUGGUACAUGGUUACACAAGGGAAACUGUCAUCAAGGCCACAAUUCUUAUGCUGAUCAUGACGGGGUCCGAAAGCACAUCAGAGACGAUAAUAUGGGCAAUCUCGUUGCUCCUAAGCAAUCCCCAUACCAUAAAACUGGCCCAAGACGAAAUCGAUAAAAUUGUGGGUAGAGACAGAUUUGUGCAAGAAUCCGAUAUCAACAACCUCCCCUACCUACAAGCAAUCUUCAAAGAAACCCUAAGGUUGUACCCACCUGGCCCUUUAUCAGGGCCCCGCGAGGCUCUUGAGGACUGUCGCAUCGGCAAAUAUCAUAUCCCAAAAGGUACACGUUUGGUUGCUAAUCUAUGGAAGUUGCAUCGGGAUCCGAAUGUUUGGUCCAACCCGGAGGAAUUUAGGCCUGAGAGAUUCUUAAACGAGAAAAGUCAGGUGCAUUUUAAAGGACAAUGUUUUGAGUUCAUCCCGUUUAGCUCGGGACGGAGAAUGUGCCCUGGGAUGACGUUCGGGAUACAAGUUAUACAACUAACCCUAGCUCGUUUGCUCCAAGGUUUCGACUUGUCGAUGCCAGAUGGGGAGACGGUUGACAUGAGUGAAGGGUUGGGAAUUGCUCUCCCUAAAUUGAAGCCUCUUGAUGUUGUCAUGACUCCUAGGCUUUCUCCAAAGUUAUACCAAAGUUUCUAAUUGUGGCAUAAACGGAAAAUGGUUAGAGACUUCCAAAGACCGUCCAUCAAUAUGCUUACCAUCUCCCCUAGUGCCCAAGCUCGCCCGAGGCGCCACAUCGUGCCACCUCGUCGUAUGCGAGAUUAUGUUUAGUUAUUUCUUGUAAUAUAAUUUGUGUAAUGAAUAUAAUCGAGUUAAGCAUAGUCAUAAACUUUGAUUCUGGUUUUCUUUGUA